UCUCGUAUCUGAUGGAUACUGUGGUGAUUGAAGGCCUUCUCCGACGUUCGACAGAGAAGCAUUCCUGUUUCAGAUUGACAGGUGGAUUCGAAAAAGAGAUGUUUCGGCCAUCAACUUGACGUGCAUGGCGGCAUGUCGUGUGGACAUGCCGGAAGCGAAGAACUUCUUCACCAAAAUGGAGAGCUCACUCGAGAGCCUCGGGCUGGAAAUGCUGGAAAGAUACAUGGUCCCUGGAGUCGAGAACGAUUGUUCAGUGUUCUCCGAAGCAUUUUCAAGAGCGGGCCGAGAAAUGAUUGAUUUCAAGGAAGCAAUUCAACAAAUCACCGUGAGGGAAGCCAUCACAGCUGCGUUCAGUCGUGCAGCUAGCUCAUUGGCGGUUCGGCUGGGCACAACAACUCACGACUCAUUUGCGAAAUAUCUCGCGGACAAACUGCAGAUAGAGCCCACCUCUCUAUUGCAUGGCUUGAUUCCGAUCUCCACUGCAUCUGAGAGGGCGAUCCUAGAUGAGCUCCUGCAGGUAGCUUCGAUAGUCGCCUUCGUGGCGGCCGCAGACACAUUCUCGAAGCGCUACGCAUGCCCGGCUAUAACGAGGAUGAUGACCGACAUGUCGAAAUCCUGCGAAUUGGAAUGCCGACUGUUGACACAGCUCGAGGGGACAAUUCAUUAUAAUUUUACAAACUUGCCAAAACCAGAAAAGAAUCUUAAGAUUAAAGCAGAAAUAUAUCUGUCCGUCACAAGGUUCCUGAUGAGCCAUGCCGUCGCCAGUGAAGAACGCAUGCGGAUCCUACCCUCUGUUUUUGGAUUCGAGCGCGCAGAUACGGAUCCAGCGCCGAUUGACGAAAACAGCGAAUCUGGCCUGAAUGAAAUCUCCAGGAUUCUGAAAAGUUUCAAUGAGUGGGAGAAACUUCGGCUAAGAGGGGUGGUGGACCCCCAGAUCCCCGAGAGGACUCGAGGGGCUCUGACUUUCGACGGGGUCGAAUUGAACAUACGCGUGCUUCCACAGCGUCAUCUUCCUAAUAAUUGGUCUCGAAGACAGACCGCUUUCAUUCCCGCGCCGAUCUUCCAACGGAUCAUGAACAGCUUCGCGAUUUUAUACAAAAUCGAGCAGCCCCUAAGAACGCUGAAUUGGCUCCAAUUCAUCCCCACUGUCCUGAUGCGAUGGGAGUUCACAUCCGAUCAGCGAGUCUACUUAGUACGGUGUAACACAUUCUUCGCGAGCUUGAUGCUCUUGUUCCAAGACACCGAUGAAGUAUCCUUUGAGGCCAUGAUGCAAAAAAUGAAUAUGAGCCAGGCUCAUCUGAGGAUUCUAGUCAAUACACUCAUAAAGGAAAGAAUCAUCUUGAGGAAGAGGAAACCUGAAGUCGAAGAGGAAAUACUCAUUUUGAAUGCCGCUUUCCACUCAACGGAGACUCUCCUCGAAUUUCAUGAUCUUCCGGAAGGAGAAGUACCCCAUGAGCCGACGCAGGCCGAGGUGGUCCGAGGAGGACAGGGCACGAACCACCUGCUCGGUAUACAAGCAAUUAUGGCACGCAUCGCUAAAAGAGCAGGCCGGAUUCCGAGGAGGCAAUUGAUCCAAGAAACCAUCUGGAGGGCUGCGCCCAAGUUCUGCCCGGAGCCUGAAGCUAUAUUGGAAGCCAUACGAAUCCUGGUUAGAUCGCACUACCUCCAGCUCGACGACAGUGAAGACGUAUUCAUCUACAUGACCUGAACUCCCGAUUCGGAAACCAGAUCCUGUCGAUUUCGAGGAGACUCGUUAUUUAUUCAUCUAUUUAUUCAUACAUUUAAAGAUACGCUCGUGCCCUCCCGAAGCCCAAUAUAGAGCGGGUAGGAGGCUGCGUAGAUCGACAGGAACGAUUCGAAAGGAGAAGUAGAUUGUGUAGAGAUGUUUGAGAGAAGGAUCAAGGUUUAGUUGAACAUGACAUGGUCACUGAGACAGAUGCACCCUAGAGCGACUGAUUCAAGGGGUGCUUGUGGAGAAACGCGAGUGUACAUAUAUAAAACUUGUGGACAAUGUAUGUAUAAG